UUCGUUUGAUUGCUGUCAGUGUUUUUAACCUGCUGAAAAAAUGCAAAUUUAGUGUGAAAUUGGUUGAAAAAUUGAUGUGAAUGGCAAUUAUUCAAUUGCAGUGCAUGUGUAGUUAUGCAAACAUAUACGGAAAACUGAAAACACAUUGAUUCUGGCUAAAUAAGUGGAUUUUUCUUGCGGCCAUCUCCGGAGUGGGCAAAUUGGGAAAGGUUCACUACUUUCGCAUUCAUAGCAGACGGGGCGGUGCACAACUGUAUGCAUAUGUGUGAGCUAAGCAGUUGCAUGUAGAGAGUACGGAUUGUUGAAUUCGAGCAUACAGCUUACCGUACGGAAACAGAAAUCUUGAUAGUGUGUUUCACAGGAGCUGAUUUAAUGCUAAUAGUGAACAUAAUAUCAGUUCACUGAUGCUGAUUGCUUUUUCUACAGAUCUGACACCCGUAAGCAAUGAUAUUAGUGCGAACUCUAUUCCAACAUAAACACCGAAAUAAGUAGUGAAGUACGUAUAAAAUUUGUGCUGACGUCUCAUCCCUUUGGAGGCGGACUUAUCUUGCCGCUGGCGGCUGCAAAAAUCGGAAAUUGGCGUAGCUUAACCAGUGCAAGGUUGUUGAAGCUGUUAAUUUCUAUAUCUUCUAAAACGUGAUUUAACAGAUAUACCCUUUGAGCCAGAGGAUAGUCAUUAGUUUUAAGUGAAUACAACGCAGCUGUCGACGGAGGGAUACUUGGGUGCUGCAAUAUACGCUAUCAUCGAUGGCAGGAAAUAUUAAACAAGAUGAUGUAUGCUACGUCGUAGCCAAGUAUGAUUACGCCGCGCAAGGUGCUCAAGAACUAGAUCUUAGGAAAAACGAAAGAUACUUGCUGUUAGACGACAGCAAACAUUGGUGGCGUGUUCAAAACUCACAUAACCAGUCCGGUUAUGUGCCUAGUAACUAUGUUAAGAAAGAGAAAAAGUCAGUGUCCCUGUUUGAUAGCUUUAAGAAGAAGGUUAAAAAAGGCUCUUCGGGUAGUAAAACGCUUCCAAAUUGUUCGCCAUCCCGUCAAGUCGAUAGUCCAACGAUGAGCAGGAGAUUGCCACCAGACCCAUCCGAAGCUAUAGCCUCCACUCCUAUUGGAACUGCCAUCGUUAAGUAUAACUACCAGGCCCAACAGCAAGAUGAGCUAUCGUUAAUCAAGGGUACUCGAAUACUGAUUCUUGAAAAAUCCAAUGACGGCUGGUGGCGUGGUCAGAGCGGUUCUGCUACAGGAUGGUUUCCCAGUAAUUAUACUACAGAAGAAACCGAAGAUGAUACUGUGCACACGUAUGCCAUGGCGGAAAACGUCCUUGACAUCGUGGUAGCACUUUACUCAUUUAAUUCAAAUAAUGACACAGAGCUCUCAUUCGAAAAAGGAGAUCGGUUGGAAAUUCUCGAUAGACCAGUCACUGAUCCCGAAUGGUACAAGGCUCGUAAUAACAAUGGUCAAAUUGGAUUAGUUCCACGAAACUACCUUCAAGAGCUUUCCGAAUAUCUUGCACAACCCUACCGUAGUAAUAACGGAAGUGGUCCGGAUUCGUUAGAUCGACGGCCUAAUGAUCAGCAAGCUAAUAAUAACAAUUCAAACUCUGCCAACAGUAACAAUAAUAAUUCCCAGCAGCUAGAUCGGCCGCCACUCACCGGAAAAAGCUGGUAUUACGGUGCUAUUACGCGAAGUCAAUGUGAUACUGUGCUGAAUACUCAUGGUCAUGAUGGCGAUUAUUUGAUCCGAGAUAGUGAGACCAAUAUGGGUGAUUAUUCGGUAUCAUUGAAAGCUCCUGGGCGCAACAAACAUUUUCGUGUGCACGUGGAAGGUAAUAUGUACUGCAUUGGACAGCGAAAGUUUCAUACACUAGAUCAACUAGUGGAUCACUACCAAAGAGCACCUAUUUAUACCAACAAACAGGGCGAAAAAUUGUACUUGGUGCGGCCUCUACCCAAGGCGAACGGAACCUAAGACCAACACAUCUUAUCGAUAUCUAUGUUUGCUAUUCCGGUUUAGUUGGUUGUCAGGUAAGCCCGCAUUUUUUCAAUUUAUGACAGAAUCCGACACGGCAAACGAACUAUACACGCUACAAAUUUAAGAUAGAAUGGCAAAAAACAUUGGGUAACCCCUGAAAUGUGAAUAUUUCGCGUGUAUUUAUAACUAUUAUUACUAUUUAUUUAUCAAGACUUUAAUCAAUGAAAUAAUUUAAUCUCUGAACGGUUUUACCGUUAGGUCGUAUCUGACCCAGAUGUAUAAACGAAGCGAAAAUAUACUCGAAGAGCAGAAUCACAGAUUAGUCACAGGCCACGAAGAAGGAUGAAAGUGUUGGAAGGCUUUUUAGAAGCAAAAAAGACAUGUCUUAAAUAAAAAUAAUGUGUGUAUUCAUGCCUACAAAGCAAGACAAAAUCGAAAUAUAAUAUUCUCCUUCAAGAAAAAUGUAUCAUAUACAUACAUACAGCAACAUUGAACCGCAAUAUUUUUUCGUCUCUAUAACAUAUAUCACAUUGUUCACUCCAUUAAACAAAACAAGAAAAAUCACUACGCAUGUGGAAAACCCUGAGCGACAUGAAAGCUUCCUCACAAUAAAAUACUUUGCAAACUACUAUCUAGUACAUCGAUGGUUAUGACGUGUCAUAGAAAUGAUUAACAAAAAGUAAUGAUGUAAAUUAAAACUCGCGAUCCGGCCAGCGUUCUCGCCUUCGUAAGGUUUUUAACACUUUUUUGUCAUGAAAUGGCGUUUUCCAGCACCAUAAUGGUCUUUUGAAUUACUUUAUGCAACUAUUCUGGCCUUUACUUUAUAUUGGAAAAAAGCAAAACGUGCACUCCUCGCUAAACCUUUGUGAGUUUUUUGUAAGUUAACUUGAUUACUUUUGAAUUUAUGCUUCAACUACUACUUUCACUAAAGUAAUUGGUAUAUUGAUUCGUGAUCCAAGUACUAAUGGCAUGUUACACCAAUGAAUUAUUCUGCUAUUUAUUAGAUGAUUGGGUAGCUUCCUGACCCAACUCAACGCACACCUUAAAUUUUUUACCUGAAGAAAAAUGCGUAUAUUGGCUUUGUUUGUUUGGAUUUUACUGUAUAUUGCUGCGAAUCUACCUAUUAUGUUUUCUAUUUGGAAAUAAAAUGAUUCAACUAGUUUGAAAAUAUUUCUAAAACCAGCGUGUUAUAUUCAUCUGUCAAUUUACAACACGUUUUAACACUAGUUUCGUAUUUUUAUCGUCACUAUGUAGAAUUGAUGAACAACAGAGAAACAACUUUUUUUUUGCUAUCGCAACAGCAAUUAAAAAUUCCAGUUUAUAUAAAAGUUCCUCAUUUUUUCCAA